CUUGCCACGUAUUUUUGCUGCUUGAGUGUCUCCAAGUAUCCUGCGAGAUCAACAAUUGAUUUAAUGUCUUUUACUUGCUUGUCUCAAGUGACUUAAAAAGUUUUUGGCAGAAAUGGGAUCGUCUCAAAGCGUGGAAAUACCAGGAGGUGGUACAGAAGGUUAUCAUGUAUUAAGGGUUCAGGAAGGUUCUCCUGGGCAGCAAGCAGGACUUGAAGCAUUUUUUGAUUUUAUUGUGGCAAUUGGAAAUACUCGACUAGACCAAGAUAAUGAUACUUUGAAGGAACUUCUAAAGGCUGGUGUAAAUAAAGAAUUAACAAUUACAGUGUAUAGUAGUAAAACACAAUCUGUAAGACGAACAAAAAUUGUACCAAGCAUGACAUGGGGUGGACAGGGUUUAUUGGGUGUUAGUAUACGGUUUUGUUCAUUUGAAGGUGCAAACGAAAACGUUUGGCAUGUACUUGAAGUACAUCCAUCAUCUCCUGCAGAGUUAGCUGGUUUGCAACCAUUUACUGAUUACAUUAUUGGUGCAGAUUCCAUUCUUCAUGAAAGCGAAGAUUUAUUUACUCUAAUAGAGGCACAUGAAUCGCGAUCUCUUAAAUUGUAUGUAUACAAUACCAAGGAUGAUUCCUGCAGAGAAGUGACUAUUACACCUAAUAAUACUUGGGGUGGAGAAGGAAGCUUAGGAUGUGGAAUUGGAUAUGGAUAUUUGCAUAGAAUACCUGUUAGAAGUGUGCCGGAGUCUAAGCCUGUCAAUUCAUACGUGAAUGUCAAGAUUGCUACACAAACUCAACCAGCAAUGACAACAAUUACUACAACUACUGCAGCAGAAAUCAAUCCAGCUAUCAAUACACCACUUGAGUUAUCAGUUCCACCAAAUUAUACUGCCUCAUUGAAUAACUCUGAACAUACUAUGAAAAAUUUGAAAAACGAACAAGAAGUUAAAUUAAUUGAAAAUAUAUCUAACUUAAAUAUACAACCACAGACAACAAGUCAUCUUAAUUUCACUGGUGCUGCUAGUAGCUACACACCAGUCAGUUCAGUUCCUCACACGUUUUCGAGUCAGCCUUCUGUUAGUUUCACACCUGGCACUUAUCAAGCAACUCCAAGCAUUCCUGGCAUGCCAACUAUUCCGGUAUUACCAACAACAUUACCUACGAGCGUCACCAAUUCUUAUGAAGCAGCAACAGCUGGACCAAUCAAUAUCCCAAGACAGCAGAGAGAACAAAACUUUGUUCAAGGUGCUAGUAUAGUCAAUGUUUCAGAAUUGCAAAGAGAACAAAAUCCUAUCCAUAGUGCAACUAUGACUACUAGAUUUAAUGUGCCUCAGUCUCAUAUUGUGACGACACCCAUUUCACUGCCAGGAAUGCCGCCUAUCACAGUUAGCGCCUCUCUCCCACAAAACACUCCCCUCUAUCCUUCUGUUCUUCAACAACAAAAUCAAUUUUCACCUAAUAUCAGCACUACUACUGUUGCUCCAACAUUGACUCCAACAUCGUCAUCAUCUAUACAGCAAAAUGUGCAUUCUUAAAAAUUAAAUUUAAAAAAGAUGUGAUUUUUCACUUUAAUAAAACGUAUUUUUAAUCAUGUUAGUAAAGUAAAACCGGAUUAAUUUGCUUGUUAUAAAUAUGGUUAUAGCUCGAUAAAAUUAAGUUAAUUUUUUUUUUCAUAA